AUGGUGAAUGAAUAUCCCAACCUGGAAGAAAACGAUGGCACCCCUGAGCAGGAAUUUGUGCUCCAGGCAGAACCCAGCAUGUCUGCUCACCCUAGUGUCUCUGUGUACCCCAGAAGUUCAACCCACUCCAGUACCUUGGCCCAAGGAGGUGGCUUGGCCAGCCCAAGUAGUUCAGUGCACCCCAGUAGCUCAGGAUGCAAGGACUUCACAGUGAUCAAGGUGAGCAAGCGCCGUUGGGCAGUGGUCCUGUUAUUUAGCUACUACUCAAUGUGCAAUGCCUUUCAGUGGAUCCAGUAUGGCUCUGUUAGUAACAUCUUCAUGAACUUUUACGAGGUCAGUCCCUUUGCCAUUGACUGGCUGUCCAUGUGCUACAUGCUGACCUACAUCUUUCUACUACUGCCAGUGGCCUGGCUGCUGGAAAAAUUCGGCCUGCGCACCAUUGCCCUUACUGGUUCCGCUCUCAACUGCCUGGGGGCCUGGGUGAAGUUGGGCAGUCUGCAGCCACAUCUCUUUGCAGUCACUAUACUGGGCCAGGUCAUCUGCUCUGUGGCACAGGUCUUCAUCCUGGGCAUGCUCUCCCACAUAGCUUCAGUCUGGUUUGGACCUAAUGAGGUUUCAAAUGCCUGCUCCAUAGCUGUCUUUGGCAAUCAGCUUGGAAUUGCAAUUGGGUUUUUUGUCCCUCCUAUUUUGGUACCCAAUAUCGAAGACAAGGACAAGCUUGCCUACCACAUCUGCCACAUGUUCUACCUAAUAGGAGGUUUUGCCACUCUUCUUUUUAUCCUUGUCAUAAUCAUAUUCAAGGAGAAGCAUAAAUAUCCCCCCAGCAGGGCCCAGUCCCUGAGCUAUGCCUUGGCAUCCCAUGAUGCUUCAUACUUAAGUUCUAUUGCCUGGCUCUUCAAAAACCUCAAUUUCAUACUGCUUGUCAUCACCUAUGGUCUGAAUGCUGGGGCUUUUUAUGCCUUGUCCACUCUGCUGAAUCGCAUGGUGAUCUUGCACUAUCCGGGGGAAGAAGUGAAUGCUGGAAGAAUUGGCCUGACCAUCAUCAUUUCAGGAAUGCUUGGGGCUGUGAUCUCAGGCAUUUGGCUCAGUAGGUUCAAAACCUACAAGGAGAUAGUCCUGGUUGUCUAUAUCAUGACUCUGGUGGGCAUGGUGGUGUACACCAUGACCUUGAACCUGGGACAUCUGUGGAUAGUGUUCAUCACCACUGGCACAAUGGGCUUCUUUAUGACUGGCCAUCUCCCGCUGGGUUUUGAGUUUGCUGUGGAGCUGACAUACCCAGAAUCAGAAGGCAUGUCAUCUGGCCUCCUAAACAUGUCUGCCCAAGUAUUUGGGAUCAUCUUCACCAUCUCCCAGGGACAGAUUAUCAGCAACUAUGGAACCAUGCAUGGGAACAUCUUUUUAUGUGUCUUUCUCACCCUUGGGACAGCCCUCACUGCAUUCAUCAAGGCAGAUCUCCGGAGGCAAAGCAAAGAAAAUCCUGAAAAUAAACUCCAGGAGGAGGAGGAGAGCAAUGCCAGCAAAGUACCCACCACUGUGUCUGAGGAGCAUCUCUGA